UUCAGGCAAAGCUUGCGUAACUGACGGUCCGGCGGUGCGGUCAGUUCAGGCGCAUGCUGUGGCAUGAUAUACCCAUAGAGCUCUAUGGUAUACCGCGGCGUACGUAGGUAAGCUUCCUACGAUUUUGGAUAUUGCGAGGAGUUCGACGAGUAUUCUUCUCCUCAAGUGUUUCUGGAUUUGUGGCUAUGGCCUUUCAGAGGUAUAUCGAGUUGCCCAACGGAGCCAAGAUGCCCAUAGUGGGAUUGGGCACUUGGAAGUCCCAGCCGGGACAGGUAACAGAGGCCGUCAAGGUUGCAUUAGAGGUGGGCUACCGCCAUCUGGACUGUGCCUAUGUAUAUGCAAAUGAGGCCGAAGUUGGUGCUGGUUUGAAAGCCAAGAUUGAUGAUGGCACAGUGAAACGAGAGGAUGUAUUUAUCACAAGCAAGCUGUGGAACACGAGGCACCAUCCGGAUGAUGUAGAGGAAGCUUGCCAAGAAUCUCUGGACAGUCUCGGAGUUGCAUACCUGGAUCUCUAUCUGAUGCACUGGCCAAUGGCUUUCAAGAGGGGAAAAGAAAACUUUCCGAAGGAUGAAAAUGGAGUAACGAUGAUAGAUGACACAGAGUACACAGACACGUGGGUGGCCAUGGAGCAACUGGUGGCCAAAGGGAAGUGCAAGGCCAUCGGCGUGUCCAACUUCAACCUGCAAAUGAUCAAGGACGUCCAGGCCAUCAAGAAGGUCCCGAUAGCCAACAACCAGAUCGAGCUUCAUCCUUACCUGGUCCAGGAGGAGCUUGUCCGCUACUGCCUGGACAACAAUAUCUCAGUCACGGCUUACAGCCCCCUGGGCUCGCCGGAUCGUCCCUGGGUGAAGGAGACAGAUCCUAAUCUCAUGGCUGACCCGGAGGUGGUGCGCAUUGCCGAGGCUAGGGGCAAGACCCCCGCUCAGGUCCUGAUUCGCUUCUCUCUCCAGCGAGGCAUCAUCUGCAUCCCCAAGAGUGUGACGCCGUCCAGAAUCAAGCAGAACCUUGAGACCCUAGAUUUUGAGCUGAGCCCGGCCGAUAUGAAGGACCUGAUGGCCCUCAAUAGAAACUACCGAGGCUGUGCCCUGGAAUGGAUCAAGCAUCGCUAUCAUCCAUUCCCAGUGGCCUCAUAAGAUGUCUGCGUCAGUCGACAGCAUUUGAAGCUUUAGAUCAACAUGGCAAAUAUAUGAACAUAAACGUUGCAUUAAUCAUUUGUUCAGCAAUCCCUAAACUAAAGUUGAUUGUUGGAAAAUCUACGAGAAUGAAUUUUUGUUUAGCAACUGAAUUCAUUAGCAGUAUUACUUACAUCUGUAGGCACUUUUUGGUUUGUUUUGUUUUGUCUUUGGACCGAGUGAGGAAUUACUUUCAAAAUGUCUUUUAAUUUCAUUCCUCAUCCAGAAAUUUGCCUUUUAUUCCCAGUUUUCCUUGCAGUAUGGCCUCAAUUUGUACUGAUUGUCAGAUUGUCGACAAAUGUGCAUUAACUAUUGAGGCAUUCAUCUGUCAGGGUUAUCUCUCAGGGUUAUUUGCAUUCUAACAGUGAACUUGCUUCACGAAAGUGAAAUAGCACACAGGUGAACAUGUUUUGUCGUACACCUCAUAUAGUAUUUAAUUCACAGAAAGUUGUGUCCAUACUUGAACCAAAUUCUUGCUUGACCAUCAUUGAUUUUCUUUGAUAUUUGUGGAUGUAACUGGAGUAUUCUGAAGAACUUUUUUUAUUACAAAAUUGGCUUUGAGAAAGGAUGUUUUAUUGCAGAUUUUGUUUGUCUCAGGUGGAAAAUGUAGACCAUAGAAUUUAGUUGGAACUAUGUGUUACAAUUAGUGAAUAUUACCUUAUUUUAAUAUCUAUUACUUUUGAAUGAUUUCUACCGUGCCAUUAGGGUAUAAUUAACACAAAAUGAACAGUGAAAGUUUGUUCAUUUUGUUUGGUUUUAUUAUCUAAUAUCAACUCCGUUUAAAAAUAAGGUUUCUACUCUGCCAGAGUCUGAGGUUAGGAUAAUGAGUGACUGGAUAGUUAUGGUGGUCAGUUAUCAAAUUGAAUGUUAAGAAGAUCCAUGUUCUGUGUGUAUUUGUCUCAUCAUUUUAUUGAUUUUUGGAUGUUAUGGCACCCAGGCUGAUGAAAGUUAACCCUUCAAGGUUUCCGAGGCUUUGUGAGAUUUCUUGUUAGCAUGAUUGUUCAUAAAAGUAUAUCUUCAGCAAGUUUGCCAUGCCUGCACCGUCUUAUUUAACGUUCAUUUCCAAGUCGGUACAAUCCUGACAAGUUUGAAAACUGCAUUACACUACUAAAUUACUACACUUGUGCUGCCAAAAGUUUAAUUUAAAAAAAUCGCAAAACCUGUAUGCUGGAAUCACAAUAAGGCACGCCGUGGUUUUUAUGUCUGAAAACUGUUCCUAGAAGACCCCAAAUCAUGCAAUGACUGUGCACAAACCAAAUAUCACACUAUUGACUGUCUAAAUACUGUACAGGCAAAGGUAUGCCACUGGGCUGUUUGUUGAACAAGAUAAGGGAUAAAACUGCUUCAUUGCACAAAGUGAGGGGCAGAAAGCAUUUAUAUGCAGGAGCGCAGGAUGGGGAUGUCAGGAACUUUGGACUCUGGUGAGUGGUUUGUAGAGUAAAUGGUCAGUGGUGUGACAGUCGAAAUGGCAAUGGAACAGAUUGGGUUGGGAAGAUAAAGUGAAUACCUAAAAAACUGAUCUUGUGACCGAAAUACGGUGCCCAUGGAAAGGGGGAAGCUGGUAUGUGAUUAAACUAUGAAUGAUGGCUUUUGUUUUGUGGCAUAAUUUGCAUAGAUGAAUAUUCAGCAAUAAAACAACAGCCAAUGAUUA